AUGACCAUGGACGACGACAUGUACGGGACUGAAAAGAGCUUUGGGAGAGCCUCGCAGGGAUCCGACUACUAUGGCGAGUCCUCUCGCUACAAUCAAGGCCUCGGCCGCCGCAUGCUCGACAGCUUCAAGCGGGACCCCAACUUCGCCAUGACCAUGACGCCAAAGACAACCGUCGGCGCUGAUAGCAACAUGUUUGAUCCAGAGGCUGCUGCAACUAAUACUGCAAACUCGCCACUUGCUCGGAGGCUCAAGGGUCGCCACUUGCAGAUGAUAGCCAUUGGAGGUUCCAUUGGUACCGGUCUGUUUGUCGGCUCUGGUCAGGCACUAGCAAAUGGUGGUCCAGCAUCGCUCGUCAUAUGCUACUGUCUCGUCGGUGUCAUGCUCUACACCACAGUCCACGCACUGGGCGAAAUGGCCGUCCUCUUUCCGGUUGCUGGUUCCUUCUCCGCAUACUCGACACGCUUCCUGGAUCCCGCUUGGGGCUUUGCCAUGGGUUGGAACUACGCUCUGCAAUGGCUUGUUGUGCUCCCGCUCGAGAUUGUCGCUGCCACCUUCACCAUUGAGUAUUGGAACGGCGGCGCAGUCAACAACAACGCAUGGGUCGCCAUCUUCUUGGUCCUGAUUGUCGUCAUCAAUCUGUUCGGUAUCAAGGGAUAUGGAGAGGCCGAGUUCGUCUUUGCUAUCGUCAAAAUCACCGCAGUCAUUGGCUUCAUCAUCCUUGGAAUCAUCAUCAACAUUGGCGGCGGUCCAGACGGCGGUUACAUUGGAGGAAAGUACUGGCGCGACCCAGGACCCUUCAACAACGGCUUCAAAGGUCUCUGCAGCGUCUUCGUCAACGCCGCCUUCGCCUUUUCCGGUACGGAGCUCGUCGGUCUUGCUGCUGCUGAAACCGCCAAUCCACGCAAGUCGCUCCCCACGGCCGUCAAGCAAGUCUUUUGGCGAAUCUCCCUCUUCUACAUUGUCUCGCUCACUGUCGUCGGUCUGCUCGUGCCAUACAACAACGAACGCCUCCUCCAGGACAAGAACAAUGUCGAUGCCGUAGCCUCUCCCUUUGUCAUUGCCAUCCAGAAUGCCGGUAUCGAAGGCUUGCCCUCUGUCUUCAACGCCGUCAUCAUGAUUGCCGUCCUUUCCGUCGGCAACUCGUCCAUCUACGGUUCCUCACGCACACUCGCAGCGCUGGCCGAACAGAACCAAGCCCCCAGAAUCUUCGCGUACAUCGAUCGCCAAGGUCGCCCUCUCGUUUCCAUUGCCUUCGCGUCUUCCCUCGGCCUCCUCGCCUUCCUCGCCGGAGCAGAACGCCGCCUCCAAGAUGCAGCCUUCAACUGGCUCCUCGCCCUCUCCGCCCUCUCCGCCGUCUUCACCUGGGCCUCCAUCUGCCUCGCCCACAUCCGCUUCCGCCAGGGCUGGAAAGUCCAAGGCCACAGCCUUAGCGAACUCGCCUUCCGCUCGCAGCCGGGCCUCAUCGGCUCCUACAUCGGCUUCGGCCUCAACAUCCUCGUCCUCGUCGCCCAGUUCUACAUUUCCGUCGCUCCAAUCGACAUGGCUGUUCUGUCUACCUCCCAGCGCCUCCAACGCUUCUUCAGCGUCUACCUCGCCCUCCCCGUCACAUUAGCUUUUUACUUCCCCUACAAGUUCUGGUUCCGCACUUCGGUCGUUCGCUCGCACAAUAUGGAUCUCGUAACGGGAAUCAGGGAACUCAACAUACAGGCUUUGAUCGAGGAAGAGCGGGAAGAAAAGAAGAAGUGGCCCAGGUGGAAGAAGGUCUACAAGUUCUUUUGUUGA